AUAUAAAUAUAAAUAACAUUUCAUUUUUAAAGUACGUGGGUAUGUAAUUAUUAAUUAAACACAAAGUACUAUCGACAACUAAACGAUGUAUGCGGAUGACAGUAUAAUGUGCUGUUUAUUUCCCACUGAAUGUAACAUGUAUCCCCAAACUCCGGGAGUUAUAUUUUGGCAAAUCGUGGAGUAUUUAAAUAUGAUGAUGGUCAUAAUUUCACCCAUCAUCAUAGUUUGGAGCAUAGUGAAAAUAGCGUUAAAGCUUUUAGAGAACAAGAAAACUAAAUUAAUUGAAGACAAAGACUUCGAAGAAAAACCUUUAGAGGAACUUAUAAAAGAAGUAGAAACAGAUUGUUUGGAUGACCAUUCUUCUAGUGAAAAUAAUUCAAAUGGAGAUGAUGGAGACAGGACUUGCUCAGAUUCUGACUUAUCAGUUCCUCCCACAGAUACUAUACGAAAAUAUAAAGAAUCAAGCAUACUUGAUCAGUCCAAUUCUGAUUGUUUCAAAACUUAUUUAAGUUUAUCUGGAAUAAUUAAAGAUGCAAAUACAAGAAAUUCCUCCAACUCAGCUAAACAAUGUUUUUCUAGUUCCAGUGAAGAAACAGAACAGUAUAGUCACGUUUUUGAUGACAACGACGACGUGUUCAAUUCAAAAGGUCAGUCCUUAACGAGAAUUCCAAAAAAAGAAAUUAUGCGAGUGUUCCAAGAAACUGAGAAUUCAGAACAAUUAAAAGAUACGUUACCAGUCACGGACUCAGGUUCAAUCAACCACCAAAAGUGUCAGAAUAAAUUUGUCGACGAUCAAUCUUAAUAUAAAUACUUUUAAAAUGAAGAUAUU